AGGUAGCUAGCGUUGUGUGUUGUGGCGUAUGUGUAUGUUGUUUGGUGAGUUGGGGAGUGCUGUUAUUGCAAGUAUACUCAUUGUGUUUUUGUCCGACAGUAAGAAAACUUUGACUUAAAAAGAAGAUUUCAUCGAAUUAAUUUUCUGAUUAAUCAGCUUAAUAAAAUUUGAAGGCAGUGAUGUAAGGUUACAGAAUCAUCUGUAUUUAAUGUGGCGUACUUUUUUCAAAGCUUAUAUAUCUACUUACUCAAAAGCAGCUUCAGGAAAGAUCACUUGAAAGUGUGGCAUGAAUUACACAGUGAAAAGGGUCUAUGGCCGCUCAAUCUGAUAGUCAGAAAGGGGGGUAUAAAAGAAGACUGACCAAAUCUGUUAGAGACGCUCGAUCGCCUAUCAGAACAAGGUCUAGGAGUAGAAUACUUGGCCCUCAGUUCGAAAAUCUUGAAGAGGUUCAUAAUUCUUUGAAUGGUGCUGACCAAACCUGUGUUGAAAAUCAUAUAUUGAAAAGAAAACCGUCAAAUCACUUGGAGCCUGUAUUGGAAACAAAAAAAUCGAAGUUAAAGUCUAAAGCAACAGGAAAGAAACAUUGUGCACAGAAGAAAAAAAACUGUCGGACUGGAAAAUCAAACAUGAGCACUGACUCUACAGUGCCUAAAACUGAGUCUAAACAGAAAGAGUUAGCCCUUACCUUACCAGAAUGUGCAGAAGUUAAGCCACCUACCAGCAGAAAUAGUAGAUAUUCAAAGAUUUUUGAUGGUGCCUCUGUAGAUAUAAAAUCUGAACCCGAACUAGAAAGUCUAAAAAUUUCCAAGAAAAUUGAUAGUCAUGCAAGUGAUGGAGCAUGCUCCCAAUCUGCUCUAGCUUGUUCGACAGUACCAGCAAGUGAUAAUAAAGAAAUUUGUUUAGUUUUGGACAAUGGUAUUUAUCGUGCCUCUUACUUGAAUCCAAGCAAAGGAUCAUCUUUUGCUACUUAUUCAAGACUGAAUCAAGUAGAGGCACAAGCAGCUCAGCACUUGCCCGCUUCAACUUCAAGUACUGAAGAUCAAAUCAAAAAGAGAAAAUCCAGCCGACAAAAAGCUGAGACUCAAACUUGUAAAGAUUUGUCAGAAAGAAAAUUUGCUGAGAAAACCGAGCCUUCAGUGCAAGAAAAUAUUCUCCCAGAAACUGUUACUGGCCAGGGGAAACUAAAAAACUUCUCUUGUAUAUUACGAGGAGCAUGCAAGAGAAAAAACUUUGUUGGAUCUCAUCUUCCUAAAUGUGAUAAAAUUUCCACAAGAACUGUUGAACAAGAUUUGAAUGCUCUAACACUGACCAAAGAUGCCCCAUGUUUAACUGUGAGUGUACCCAGACUUGAAACUACUCUUGCAAAUCAAGACGACAUUCAAACAGAUAGGUCUCUAUUUUCAACUAUUACUCAAUCAGAAAGAAACCUGCAGCGGACAGAAAGACUAAGAAAAAAUCGAUCAGAGAGCAAUCCUAGUACUAGUAGUGCUAGCUGCUCUGACGCAAAAGAGAAAUCAAAAACAGACGUAGACGAAAAAUCAGCAAGUGAGCUACUCAAGUCUAGCAAGGCAAAGACCACGGGGUCGUGUACCAGUAGCCGUAGUCGGCGUUCCUCCCGUGUAACAAAACUACCCACAUCAAAUUCAACUGCUACAGGAGGGGGAACAAGCCGCCAAACAGUCGUACGAGGAAGAUCUGGAAUGUCUGGUAUUGAUACUGGCCAAGAAAUAUCUUCAAAUCCAUUUUCUUCUGAUAAUACUGCUGCUCAUGAGAAUUCUAAUAGUGCUCCAGUAGCCAGUGCAAUGAAUAUUGCUGCUAGUAUAGCUGCAAUUGGUGAUAGUGAAUCUGAAGACAGUGAAAUGGGACGAUUACAAGCUCUAUUAGAAGCUAGAGGGCUUCCUCCUCAUCUGUUUGGUGCUCUUGGACCUCGUAUGCAACAUUUACUUCAUCGUUCAAUGGGAACUACUGCAAGUAAUCGAGCCUUGCAGUUGUUACAAGGCUUACAAGCGUCUGGUGAUGAAGGGCAGCAAUUACAAGCAGUUAUGGAGAUGUGCCAGUUGCUAGUCAUGGGAAAUGAAGAUACAUUAACUGGCUUUCCUGUAAAACAAGUUGUCCCAGUAUUAAUAAAUCUUUUAUCCAUGGAGCAUAAUUUUGACAUGAUGAAUCAUGCUUGUAGAGCCUUGACAUACAUGAUGGAAGCUCUUCCAAGGUCUUCAGCUGUUGUUGUUGAGGCCAUUCCUGUGUUUUUAGAUAAACUUCAAGUUAUUCAAUGCAUGGAUGUUGCUGAGCAAUCGCUAACAGCUUUAGAAAUGUUAUCUAGAAGACACAGUAAAGCUAUUUUACAUGCUAGAGGUGUUGCUGCAUGUCUGAUGUACUUGGAUUUUUUCUCCAUUAAUGCACAACGUGCUGCUCUUGCAAUAACUGCAAACUGCUGCCAAAAUUUACUGUCGGAUGAAUUUAAUUUAGUUCAAGAUUCAUUGCCAUUACUUAGUGGAAGACUUACUCAUCAAGAUAAAAAAUCUGUUGAAAGUGUAUGCUUAGCAUUUUCAAGAUUAGUAGAUUGUUUCCAGUAUGAUCCAAAAUUCAUGACGGAAAUUGCUGGUCAUGGUCUGCUUUCUAAUAUACAACAACUGUUGGUUGUUUCACCUCCUGCAAUUAGCUCUGGAACAUUUGUUACUGUUAUACGUAUGUUAGCUGUUAUGUGUGCUGCAUGCCCUGAGCUUGCUGUGCUUUUGCUGAAACAAAAUAUAUCAGACACGUUGCGAUACUUAUUGAUGGGAACAGCUAGCACUUCCGAUGAUAUUGAGCUCAUUCCCAGAAGCCCACAAGAAUUAUUUGAAAUUACAUCAUUAAUAGGAGAACUCAUGCCACGUCUGCCAUCUGAUGGAAUAUUCAGUAUUGAUUCUCUUCUUGUGAAACAGAACAGUUGUCAUCAAGAUACAGUGAUUUGGCAGUGGAGGGAUGACCGGGGAUUGUGGCAUCCAUACACUAGCAUUGACAAUAAGAUAAUAGAGGCUGCUCAUCAGUCAGGUGAAGAUGAAAUUAGUCUUUCAGCAAUGGGUAAAACUUACACUAUUGAUUUUAAUUCAAUGCAACAAAUAAAUGAGGAUUCAGGAACAACAAGACCUGUUCAAAGGCGUGUUAAUAGUUCUUCUAGAUCUGUCUUAGGCUCAAAUUUGAACAUGGAACAUUCAGACUCAAGGGUGGAUUGUUUGCAAGCAAACUCCGACUUGGCAGCAUCUUGUAUUAAAUCUCUGUUCGCUGUCUUAUAUGAAGUUUAUAGCAGCUCAGCUGGACCUGCUGUAAGACAUAAAUGCCUUAGAGCUUUACUGCGUAUGGUAUACUUUGCUCCCCCUGACCUUCUGCGACAAGUAUUGAAAAAUCAAGCUGUUGCAAGCCAUGUUGCUGCCAUGCUUGCAUCACAAGAUUUAAGAGUUGUUGUUGCUGCACUUCAAAUGGCUGAAAUCCUUAUGCAAAAACUUCCCGCUAUUUUUGGAGUUUACUUCAGGAGAGAAGGAGUAAUGCAUCAAGUUAGAUGGCUGACCAAGUUGGACAUUAUUUCAGACAUGCCAAGUCAAAACAAAGAAAGUUGUUGCAGUUCAACUGAUAGUGUACCGUCUUUCUCAUCCCUACCCACUCUGCUACCCAUUAGUUCCCAACAAGCUGCAAUAUCAUGUGAUAAUAAUCAUUCUGCAUUUAGUCCGAGUAUUUUGCCAGUAUCAGCAAGUGACCUUUCCUCUGAUAAUGCAAUGCAUUUUCCUGGGGGCUUAUGGGGCUCUGCAUCAUCCGUUGCAACUACUUUUGAAGGUAUUCAAUCUUCAGCAAAUGCUUCCUCUGGAGCAGAAGAUGGACAAAGUAGCAGUGUUUCUCAGAUGAGACUUAGUGAUGUUUUGAAGCGGAAGAGGACUCCAAAGCGUAACAAUGCAACAAGUAGGAAGGUACGUACUGAAGAAGCUCCACGAGAUCCUUACAUUUGUUCUGGUAUCCGUGGACCCGGACGAGGAGUUUUAGACAACCACAUAAAUCCAAUAUUAGGUUCAUCCAUGCUUGCUUUGUCUGCAUGUACGCCUACUAGUUGCCACAACUCUACUGUUGGUGCUAGCCCUGUGCUAGGCAGUAUUGCAAGCCCCACAACAUGCUCUAACAAUCCCACUGCAGCAGCACCAGGACGAGGGAAAUUCAGUUCUGCUGCUGCAAAGACCUCUUCCUUCCUUGCCAACCUGAAUCCGGCGAGAUGGGGUCGUUGGAGUAGCAGUUCCGCAGUUACUGGACGUUUGUCCACUCAGGAGCCAUGCAUUGUUCAGAGAUCUUCAAUUUAUGCAAAUACUUCUGGGAACAGGGACAAAAUCAAAACUUGGAUAAAAGAACAAGCACAAAAGUUUGAUGAGGAAUUUUUUAGUGUGGAGCAGCUUGGGCUGUCUCAUCCUGCAAUGAAUGUGCUUAAUCGCUUAACUACAGCUUUGGGGCUGCUUGAGUCUAUGGUUGAUGGAGGAUUGAAAGCUUUAGCUGAUAUACGUAGUGUUGUCAUAGAUAGUGAUAUAUCUUCAUUUGAAGUGAUUCAUAGUGGUCUAGUGAGAAAACUUCUACAAUAUCUUACUGCACCAGAUUGUAGCUCUCCCCCAUUUGGGGUUGUUCCGAGAGAUGAGCGCUUAAGAGCUUUUCUACACAUUUUUAUGAGAACUCCUAUGUCCAUAAUUUCCGGCUUUGAAGCAGAUAAAUUAGAUACAGCACCAUUAUCAGCUUUAGUUUCCAAACUUAAUGCCUGUGUUAGUCAAUUAGAACAAUUUGCUGUCAAAGUUCAUGACCUCCCUGGUGCUGGAAACAUCGGUGGAAGGGGAACAAGUGCUUUAAAGUUUUUCAAUACGCACCAAUUGAAAUGUAAUUUGCAACGACAUCCAGGUUGUACAAAUCUGCGACAAUGGAGGGGAGGCCCAGUCAAGAUUGAUCCGUUGGCUUUAGUGCAAGCUAUUGAAAGAUACUUAGUUAUACGUGGCUAUGGCAGAGUGAAGGAUACUGAUGAUGAUGGAAGCGAUGACGAAAAUUCAGAUGAUGAUAUUGAUGAUACUAUGGCAGCAAUGAUGAUAAAUCAAGGACAAGGAAGACACAAGCUGCAAUUUUUAAUUGGUGAUAAUGUUUUAUCAUACAAUAUGACUGUCUAUCAAGCAAUAAGGCAGUUUGGAAGUAUUGAUGGUGUUUGCUCAGAUGGCCCUGAUACUGAUACAGACUCGGAAAAUCCUAUGGGGUACACUAAUAUCUGGGUUCAAACUCAUACUAUAUGGUAUCGUCCAAUACCUGCUGAAGAAGGGGAGUCUGCUUUUAUAAGUAAAGCAGCUGCAAUAUUGACCAGAAACCAUAUUCCUUCAUCAUGUCAUUCUAAUCAUCGCUCUAAGGCUAGCGUAUCAGCCACUGUAUCACCAAAGAAAAAACCAGAUGAUUUUUGGAAUGAUGGCUCAAUUCCAGAAGUUGGUUCUCCUCUGUCAUUGUUUUUAGUCCCAAAUCUUCCAGACACUGUUACAGUUCAAGAUCCUUCAUUAGAAGUCAUUUGCUUGCUAAGAGUUAUCCAUUCAUUGAGCACUUAUUGGGGAUUCUUGUAUCAAAUGAGCUCUUGGGCUCCUGCUAUUCCUCAAGUGGAAUUUCUAAACAGCAAGUUAACUGCAAAAGCAAACAGACAGCUUCAAGAUCCUUUGGCCAUAAUGACUGGAAAUGUUCCUUCUUGGCUUUCACAGAUAGCCUACUGCUGCCCGUUCCUGUUUCCAUUUGAAACCAGACACCUUUUGUUCUAUGUUACAUCUUUUGAUAGAGAUCGUGCACUACAGAGAUUGCUUGACAUGACACCAGAAAUGAGCAACAGUGAUAGUAGUGAACGUGUAACUCCAAGACUUGACAGAAGAAAACGCACCGUAUCUAGAGAUGACUUACUGAAGCAAGCAGAAGUAGUUUUGCAAGAUCUUGGAAGUUCUAAAGCGCUGCUAGAAAUACAGUAUGAGAGUGAGGUCGGAACUGGCUUGGGUCCCACUCUGGAAUUUUAUGCCCUAGUUUCUAAAGAGUUACAAAGAGGAGACUUAGAUAUGUGGCGUGGUGAAAAAAUACUUGUUAAUAAUGGAAAAGAUGUGCCUACUAGUUAUGUACAUUGCCCUAUGGGAUUAUUUCCUAUGCCUCUUUCCCGAAGUGCUAAAGUUGGCUUAGUUACUCGAGUUCGAAGUAAAUUCAAGCUGCUGGGAAAAUUCUUGGCUAAAGCAUUGAUGGAUUCCAGAGUUUUGGACAUCCCUUUGAGUCUUGUAUUCUAUAAAUGGAUGUUAAACCAAGAGAGUAAUCUGUCUUUAGCUGAUAUGAAACAUGUGGACGAUUGUGUGGCUAAGACCAUACAGCAGCUUGAGGACGUAGCUAAGGAGAAAAGAAGGCUUGAAAAUGAUAGAUCACUUAAUGCAGUUACACUGAAAAGUGCCUUGGAUAAUCUAAGUUUAGAUGGUUGUACUGUAGAAGAUCUGAAUUUAGAUUUUACUCUUCCUGGCUUUUCACAUAUUGAAAUGAGGAAAGGUGGCAAAGACAUUGUUGUUUCUGUAUAUAACUUAGAUGAAUAUUUAAAGCUUUUGACUCAUUGGACUAUGAAUGAAGGCGUCAGAAGACAAAUGGAAGCAUUUAAAGAAGGCUUUGAAUCUGUUUUUAGUUUAAAUCAGCUGAAGAUUUUCUAUCCAGAUGAGUUGGAAUACUUGUUUUGUGGCAGUGGACAUAUGCAAUGGGAUAUGAAGAAUCUUGUGGAAUGCUGUCGUCCGGAUCAUGGUUAUACUCAUGAUAGCAGAGCUAUCAAAUAUCUUUUUGAAAUACUGAGUAAUUAUAAUCAAGAACAACAGCGUCUGUUUCUUCAGUUUGUCACAGGAUCACCUAGGCUUCCUGUUGGAGGUUUAAAAUCAUUAUCUCCACCACUCACUAUUGUGCGUAAGACCUUAGAUGGCAGUGAAGAUUCGGACUCAUAUUUGCCAUCUGUUAUGACUUGUGUAAAUUAUUUAAAGCUUCCUGAUUACUCCAGCAUUGAAAUAAUGCAAGAGAAACUUCAAAUUGCUGUUAGUGAAGGUCAGCAUUCGUUCCACUUAUCUUGAGGAAAUUUGCUCAUAGAUAGGAUUUUUUUGGAUGGACACUUUGCCCAAUGUAAACUAGUUGUGUCUCCUAUGCUUGGAUGAUGAGGCAUUGAUAAAAACAUAAUUUGAGCUUUUGUAAGUUUUCUUAGCACUAGUGUGAAAUUGGCAAAUGCUUGUACAAUUUGUCUUUGCCACCGUCCCACCUACCUCAAAAAUGUGGGUAUCUGUGCUAAUCAAAAGACAGUCUUGAAUGCCAUUGUAAUAAGUGUUUUAGUUACCAUACCUAUUUCACAUUUUUUAUAUGUACUGUGUGUUCAUCUACUGUAAUUAACCAGUGAUUCUGGUUUAUAUUUCUGUGGUACGAUUUGUAUUUCAAAACGUUGUCGAUGUUCUGCACAUUGAAAAUAGUUUUGUAUUAGCAAUUGUACAUAAAGAUUGAUGAUGGAAUUUAUAUAUUGUGAAUAAGCGCAAGAGAUUUUCUUUAAAUGAGUUUUUCAGAACAUAUUUCAAGUGAAUUGAUAUGUGUGUGAUUUUAUUACAUGCAUUUUCUUGCACUUACAUGAAAUUCAAAGUAGGUUUUUUUUAUAUACACAUAUAUAUAUAAUUUUUUCCAUGAUUUUGUGCGACAUUUUUAAAUUUCAGACCACAGGUGAAGAUUGUUGAGUAUUUAAAUGAGCUGUUCUUAUUUUGUAAGUGAGCAGAAUUGAUGCUUAUUUGAAUUGUUUUGCUUGGAAAAAUAUUUUAUUUUGUUUUUGUUUUUUUUGUGUGAAAAUAGUAACAGUUAUGUAAAAUUUUUAUUUGAAAAUAAAAGAAAAUUAUAUUAACUA